AUGCUGCGCCUGCUGCCGCCGCUCCUGGCCCGCCUGGCCCGCGCUCAGCCCCGCGCUCAGCCCCGCGCUCCCGUGCGCCGGCUGCGGCGGGGCGGGGGGCCGGCGGCGGCGGGCGGCGGGCAGGAGGAAGAGCGCUUCGUGUUCCUCGAGUACGAGCCGGACCCGGCUGAGGCGGCGGCGGCGCCGCUGCGGGAGCCAGAGCCGCUGCGGGAGCCGGAGCCGCUGCGGGAGCCGGAGCCGCUGCGGGAGCCAGAGCCGCUGCGGGGGCCGAAGCCGCUGCGGGAGCCGGAGCCGCUGCCGGAGCCGCGGCGGGAGCGGGAGCCGCGGCGGGAGCGGCGUGCUCGGGGCGCAGCGGCGGGGAUUCCGGGCACGCCCGACCCGUCGGUGCCGCCGAGCGGCGUGAGCUGCUCGGGCUGCGGGGCCGAGCUGCAGUGCGCUGACGGCGGCGCGCCGGGUUUCGUGCCGGCCGAGAAGUACCGCAGCCUGGCGUCGGAUGGCGCGGCGGGGCUGCGCGGCGCCGUGUGCCAGCGGUGUUGGGCGCUGGCACACCACGGGCGCGCCCUGCGGCUGCAGCUGCCGCCCGACGAGCACCGGCGGGUGGUGAGCGAGGCGCUGCGCCGGCCGCCCCGCCACGGCCGCGGGCCGCUGCUGCUCUACGUGCUCGACGUGCUGGAGCUGCCCGACCCGGUGCUGCCGCAGGUGCCGGCGCUGCUGGGCCCCGGCGUGCCCGCCUCGGGCGUGCUGGUGGUGGGCAACAAGGUGGACCUGCUGCCCGCCGACGCCCCCGGGCACCUGGGGAGGCUGCGGAGGAGGGUGGCGGAGGCCUGCGCCCGGGCCGGGCUGGCGGGCGCCGCGCUGGUGGAUAUCCGGCUGGUGAGCGCCAAGACGGGCUUCGGCAUGGAGGGGCUGGUCAGCCGGCUGCAGCGCUCCUGGAAGUGCGCCGGGGACGUGUACCUGCUGGGCGCCACCAACUCCGGCAAGUCCACGCUCUUCAACACCCUGCUGCGCUCCGACUACUGCAAGUCCCGCGCCCCGGACAUCGUCGACAGGGCCACCGUGUCCCCAUGGCCAGGAACAACACUGAACCUGUUGAAAUUUCCUAUUAUCAAUCCAACAUGUGACAGGAUAUUCCGAAGGCAGGAGAGGCUGAAAGAGGAGGCAACAAAAACAGAAGAUGAGCUAAGCAGUGAAGAACAAAAGUACCUUAAUCACCUAAAAAAGCAAGGCUACUUAGUGGGAAGAGUUGGAAGAACAUUUCAACAGCAGAAGGCUAGUCCUGUGGUUGACUUUGAUCCUGACAUGCUCUCCUACAGCAUAGAUGAAGACCCCAAACAUACCCCUAAGAAGCGAGUGGAAAGGGAGGAGUUCACACACAAUGAAGUGAAGGAUGCUCGCUGGUGUUUCGACACUCCAGGAAUUGUAAAGGAAGACUGUGUUUUGAAUCUCCUGACAGAGAAGGAAGUAAAGCUGGUUUUGCCAACAGUUGCCAUUGUUCCACGGACCUUCAUUCUCAAGCCAGGAACGGCCUUGUUUUUAGCAGCCUUGGGACGUAUAGACUACUUACAGGGAGAAAAGUCUGCCUGGUUUUCUGUUGUGGCUUCUAACCUGUUGCCAGUCCACAUCACUACCCUGAGUAAAGCAGAUGCCAUCUACGAGAAGCACGCUGGCCAUGAGUUACUAAAGGUUCCCAUAGGUGGGGAAGAGCGAAUGAAAGCGUUCCCCCCACUUGUCCCUCAGGACAUUACACUGAAAGGAAUUGGUACCACUGAGGCAGUUGCAGAUAUCAAGCUUUCCUCUGCAGGAUGGGUGGCAGUGACGGCUCAUGCAGAAGAGGAAUUGCUGCUCCGAGCCUAUACUCCCAAGGGCACCACAUUGGUGGUGCGGGAGCCUCCCCUUUUGCCGUACAUCAGUUCCAUCCGAGGGUCCCGGAUCGCAGGCACUGCUGCCUACAGGACCAAAAAGCCUCCCUCCCUUGUGGAAAACCUGAAAACCACAGGGAGCAGAUAGCACUUCUUGUCAUCUGAAGAAGGCAGAAGAGCUUCUGGAGAACCUUGUUGCUUAUUGAUAUUCGGAAGACCUUGGACUCCUUUCAAAAGGCAUACGGGCACAUUUUGGAAAGCAGGACUGGGGGGAGCUCCGCAAGUCUUUUCCUGAUGCAGUUGCUGAACUGCAGCCAUUUUGAAUGAGCUGAGUUGCUGGUACCUUGCUGUGAGAGGUGAAACAGUUUCUCCUUGAGAUCUACCAGUAUCUACCAGCAAAUCCCUUUACCUGUCCUCUCUUGAAAUACAGGAUGGAAACUCACCUGCCUGGCGCGGGCUGGCUCUGCUGCUUGUAGAGUAGAAGGCUUGUUGCAGACACGCUCCUUCAGCUUUGAAAUCACCUUGUUCUUGGAGCCUUUACAGUGUUUCCACAGUUACGGAGGUGGAGAGAAUUGGAAAGAACAGGGAAUUUUCUGUCGUGGUUGUGACUCUUCUAAUUGUAGUGGCUGAUACUGAUUCAACAUCAACCAAAAAUCGUGUCCUUCUUCAGAAUCUGAGGCAGAUGAGGAUGUGCAGUGCCCUGCUUUUGGACACAGGAAAGGUGAAUCAAUGAAAGGUCUGUUGGUGUGCGUGAACAGGAAACUUUUACAACUCACUGUUUUGAUUUGGUUUUUGCAGCUUGUGUAAAGGUUUUUGAAACUGAGGGUGUGAAAUAAAAUUUUUCAAAAACA